AUGCUCAACGAAGCGACAUGCCUUGUGGGGGUCAGCUCAACCCUUGUCGUGCAGCAUGAUCUGGUCAACUACCGCUGGCUCUUCUACUCCCCCGAGACGUCCAUGUCGGUGGUCAUCGCUCGAGCUCCGCUUCUGCAACAAGGAGGAGCUACAGCUCGCCCACAGAGGUACUCGCAAGUCCAGAUCCUGUAUCUCCCGUCCACACCCCAAAGCAUUGCAUUGCAUCGACCGACGUGUCGUCUUGCCGUCGCAUGCGUGGAUGGGACGGCAUUAUUAUUCAAUCCCGGCCAGCCAUCUCCGUCAUCUUCGUCCCCUGUCCGAAAUCUCGUGUGCGAUGAUUCGUCGUUGAUAUGGCACACGCAAGCCACGUGGCGAUGUGAACCGGGAAUGACCACGCCUCUCAAAUGGUGCGAGUCCAACGAAGACGUAUGGCUCGUCGGCGCCGGCACCAAAGUGUCCAUGUGGAAAGUUGUCGACGACGCCGUGUCUGUGUACUCGAACCGGUCGUUCGCCCUAGGUCAUGCCACAUCAUCACGAGCCGUGCUCUUCGAUGCAUGUUCCACAGGUCGAUACGUCGCCACGACCACCCAUCCCCAUGCUCGUCUCAUAAAGGUUUGGUCGUUGAACACGUGGACUAUGGAAAUGACAGCGCCGUUUUGUGCCUUCCUCGGCCACCUACGAGCCAUCCACUCCAUCGAAUGGCUGCGUCCAGAAGCGGAGAGUGUGCUGGACAAUGCGACGCUCAUGACGUUGGACGUCGGCGGGAGCCUGACGGUGUGGCGGGAAGAUUCGAACGCGAGCACAUUUGGGUUUCUGCGUGUAUGGGUCUUGGACGAAUCUUGCAUUCGCAUGUGUGGCUCAAUCGAUCGGCGCAAAUCCCGUUUCAAGACGUUGCUGUGGGAGUUGCCCAGCAACGACCCUGCCAAGCCGUUGAAAGUGUGGCACACGGCCAUACCGGACAAAACCCAUCACUUGUACACACACACGAUGGACAGAAUGCACAUGAAGGCCUCGAAAAGCGUCGGCUUUUCCUCCCGCGCCGGGGCCACCGCUGACACCCACGACGGCGAAAAGUUCAUUCAAGGCAACUUGGCCUUGUCCAAGUGCUCGAUCACGUACUUGUUGUAUACAAUCCACGACAACGGAGAUCUCGGCAUUUGGCGACUGGACUGCACCAUGUUCUUGACAUCGACACCGCGCGUGACGCAGCUGUGUACCACAUCCGACCUUGAUCUCGUCCAUGCCAAGCCGAUGCAUGCGUCCGUGGUCGAUGUCUUUGCGCCGCCGCCACACAACCUGCCGCCGCUGGACAUUUCGUUUACGCUGCUGCAGUGUCCCUCCCAUGACCUCCACGCAGUGUCACUGCAUGUGGCGCCGCUUCCUCCAUCUCCUUCUUCCACCAACCCAGUCGAAUACUCUGUCACAAACAAGCUCGUCCUGUCCACGGGGUCGACUCUGCAUGGCAUCCACAGCGUCGUGUCGGGCACUCCAGACUCGUCCAUGCUGGUCGUUCGAGAUCGCGCCGGCCACGCCGUCGUGGUAGAAUGCGACGCUGUAUCCCAUCCAUCGAUCGUUCUUUCAAACGUCCUGGCCGUAACAGUAUCGCAGGAGGCGUCGGUAGUGUUUUACCUUCGUUCCAGUACGCCAUCAUCGGCCCUUGCAUUAAGUUGUGUUGGCUUCAAGCAUCAGGACGAUCAUGUUGGCGAUCCUCCUCCUUGCCAUACCUUGUGGGAGGACCUGCUAGAGAUGGCGUUGCCUGAACACGAGCCUUCCGAUGGGGAAGGCGGCUGGGCGUUGAGUUGUGCAAAAGAAGACGACGUGGUGGAUUCUGCGACAACGUCAGCGUCGCAUGUGUUUCGACUGGUGGCCGUGUCGCCGCACGGCGGGGUCUGGCUGUGGCGCGUACAAGCCGAGUCGGCUGGUCGGGGUCCGCGGGUGCUAGGAACCGCGUCCGUGCCGCCCCCGACGGCGCUGCCUCGUCAGUCCAUCCUCCUCGCCUCGUUCAUGCCAUCGUCCUCGUCGCUGUUUGUGACGGUGGGAAGGCUAGACCCGUCGUCUUCGGUGCAGUUCUGGCACAUCACAACAUCCGACGGUGACCGUCUUGACUGGAGAAGCAGCAGCAGCCGGGCUCCGAUGCUCGUGCCGUCCACCGCCGUCGUCCGCCGCGUCGAGUUGCAUCGAUCGGGGUUUCUCGCGCUCUUGUCAUCAUUGGAUGAGCAUGCCGCCCCCAAGAAGGAGGCGUGGAUGAGUGUCCAGCACAUGUGGGAUCCGCGGGCCGUAUCCCACUGGGCUGUGGACGCUGACAUGCAGUGUAUGACGUGGCAACACGACGGGUCGCAGCUCGUGGCGAUCUCUCCCACGGCCGUGUAUGGCUUCAACGCAGCUCACGGCACGUUGUUGUUUUCACACUCGUGGCUUUCCCCAGGGGUCAGGGGGGGUGGAGCCCCCCCCCCCACGUCUAUUUGCAUGUCCGUCGAUCCUUCCAUCAUGUACGUGGCCCACGGCGCGUUCUUGUCGCAAGUGCAUGCUGCCCCCCCUCCCCCCGCUUCUUCGUUUUCCUCCCCCCCAUCCCCCUUCUCUGUACAAAGCUAUCAGCAUCCUGUGUGGACUCCAUGGAAUCUGCUGCAUUUACUCUUGGACGGCCGCGUCAAAGCGACGAGGCGCGUCCUACAAGCACUUGUGGACGCGAUUUCCAUCAACGAAGCCCAAACAUUUGUGGACAUGGCAACGUCCACACUUGUGCUGCCGUGGUUACCGUGGUCCCAUGUCAUGUACCCCCGAGAAGUCGACGGUGACGACCGAGUGACGUUUGUGGCCAAGAAACCACAACGCAGCCAGUGCACGGCCGCCAACUUGUUUGCGCCGGCGACUCGUCUUGAUCGUCGCAAUAGUACGCCCAACCAAACCCUUGAAGACGUAGUGGACGUCGGGGCGUUUUUUAACGUUCCGAACAACCACGCGCGGCUGUCGUUUCUGCUGGAAAGAGACCGCUCGGCGUUUCAAACGAUCUGCAGCGUCGUAGCAGCAUGCGAACAACACGCGACGGACAUGCCUGGGCUGCGAUUCUUGAUCCUGGCGGCGGUAGCGGAGGGGGGGGAUGGACGAGGCAUGAUGUGCGCCGAGGCCGUCAUAUGGGCCCGCCUCACGUCCAUGGACCUAUUCGCGCUGCCGAUGUUUCAACAUGGAGGCGACAAUUCGAUGGACUGGCAUCGCAUGCAAAAGCUACGUGUACCGUUUUGGCUCGACGAUAUAGCCCGACUCAAGCAAACCACUGAGCGUAUGGCUAACCGCGCAUAUGCUGCAACCAAAGACCCGUUUGCAGUGGCACUGUACUUUGUCUUGUUGGGCAAGACAAGGUUGCUCUCGAACGUGUUUCGCCUGGCACAUGAGACGAAAAUUGCAGACCUCUUGGCCAACGACUUUGACGACGACCGGUGGAAGGCGGCAGCGAUUAAGAACGCGUUUGUGCUUAAAUCCAAGCAACGGUACCUCCUGGCUGCCGCGUUCUUUUUGCUCGCCAACAAGGUGUACGAAGCCGCGUCCAUCGCCGAGCUGGCCGACCCGAGCUUCGCGCUGUCGUUUCUAAUCCUCCGAUUGUCAGAGCCGACCUCGUUGACCGACUUGGGCCCUGUGACCAUCCAGUUUGUCCGAACAGUGCUGCUGGACAAGGCGGAAGUAGCCAACGACGUGUACAUGCAGUGUCUGUGCCGGCUCUACUUGGACAACCGCCUCGUGUUGGAGCCGUUCUUAGCGCCGCCACCGCCCGUCGCUACGAUGACGUCUGCUUCCAUGAUGUCGAAUACGUACUGGCAGCACGAGUCGCUGGCUGGAGCGUGUCGGUUGGUCCAGCAUGGAGCGGCAGGUAUCGACAACGAAGCUGACGAGGCAAGAGUCGUGGCUUUGCACUGCAUGGCGGCCACUAGAUUGCAUGCCCAGGGCUAUGGUUUUCUCGGGCAUCGAUUGCUUUCCGACCUCAGUAUCGUGUUCCCAUCGGUGACAUCCUUGGAUGUAUUUCCAUGGGUGGCGAAUCUCCGCCAUGAGCUGGCUCGGCUGUGUGUGUCUGACCAGCUGCAGACCGUGUGCUCAACCUUAUCACUUGCGAUCGACACGUCUAUUGCCUCUGGGUCAUUUGACUGGGAUUGGCAAACGAGGAUGGUUGAAGCGUCCAGCUUCUUCAGUCCGGACGUACCGCCCCCCGCCGUCGUCCAGCUGUGCCGCCGCCACUCCUCCGUGGCGUGGAUGAUCGCAUCCCAUCAUCAUCUGCAGACGGCGUCGGCGCCAAUCGCCGCUCAAGUCGGCGUCAUCAUCCGCGCCAUGCAGGCGUCCCCCGGGACCUCGUCGGUGGUUCGUCCAGUUGGGCAUGCCACGCAGUCUCUGAUCGAGUAUUUGCACGUGAUGCAAACACACGAAUCGCCCGACGUCGUCCGCCUCGCGACUGGCGCCAUCUACACGGGGAUGUUUGCCUUGUUUGUGGCCGUAGCAUGGCACCGCCGCCUCCCUCGUUGCUGUGUCGUGCGCUUCGUAUCGCUGUUGUGUCCGCAAAAAGAAAUACUCGUCAGUCCACAACAUGAUGACAUGUGUCUAGUGUGCAUCGAGUUUACAAAUCCCCGCCGCCGCCGCCGCCAGCUACUGCCGUCCCUGCGCCAGGACCUGCCCGCAUUGCAUGACAUGGUGCGCCAGCUACGCACGUUGAACCCACCACCAUUAUCCUCGUCCUUACCAUCGUCGUCUGCGACCGACGGCGGCUGUUGGUGCUGGACGGCCCUGGUUGCGCUGCUGCACGAGACCAUGGCGGCGCAUGUGCUGCGGUUGACCGACCAGCUCGACAAUGCCCAGUCGUUGCAACACACGUGGCAAGCCUAUACCACGCCUCGAAUCGUUCGGCAGUUGAGGGCGUGUCGGAAACAAGCGGCCACGCCAAGCUCGGACCAUGGCGACGACGACGACGGGUGUGUGUGGCAGGACCUGAUCCAGCUGGUCGUCCCCAACACGACGGCCGUCCCGCGAGUCGGGAUCGUCGCGAGUGAAUACGAUGAUGGUGGUGUUCGUGGUGGGGGGGGGGUUGCAGAGGUGAUUUACAGCUCGGACGUACCUGGGGAAUCCAUUCGAAGCAUGUGCUGCAACACACAGCAACGGAGCACAGUAGUGCUUUGCAACGGUCGGAUGCUGUACCGAGCGUUGGCCAAGAAGCCACCGAAAACGUCUAAUAUCACGUCAUCUUGUCAGCUGCACGUGAAUGCCAAGUAUACGCCCCCAGCCGUGUUCUUUGCCGGAGGACACCACCACGAUGGACAUGUCAAAGUGCCGUCCAUGUUGCUAUCCCCCCAACCAGACAGCAAAGGAAGUAGUAGUAGUAGUAAUAGUAGCUACAAACCCGUUGCUGUCCAGUCGCACCCUUCGAUGCCCGUCUUUUGCAGCGGCACGGCCACGGGGUCGGUGGAAGUGUGGCGGUUCGACCAGAUCUCGACAUGCAACCUAUUCGAGCACCAAGUGUCGACUGCGACGAACGCACUCACGUUGGCACCUCGACGGGACAUCCACCGCCUUCGCUUUGCCCAAUCCGGCUACACGCUCGGCGCGUGCGAUGCAUUGGGGUUUGUGUACUUGUGGAACUUUGCGAGCGAAGGGUCGUCGGCGUGUUAUGCCCAUCUCCAGUGUCACAACCGAGGCACGCGGGACUUUGCGUUUUUGAACGCGUCGAGUUGCGUCGCGUCCGUCGGCGCCUCCACCAAGUGAGUAGUACCGCCAAACAAUAUGUGUGAAAAAAGAUUUUUUUUAGGAAAAAAAACUUGUGCCUGUGGGAUACGUUGUUGCCGCCGCACAAAGCGCUCAUCUGUGCGCCGCUGUGCCAUCCCGUGGGCGCGGCGUCCGUGGUCUUCUCGUCCAGGCAUCAGGUAAUUAACGUGGGAGCUACGAUGAGAAUGGUAUGAGGAUGGACUACUACUAGCUCGUCAUUUCCGGCGGCGAGAGCGGCUCCCUGAGCAUCUUUGACGUUCGCCAGCAACGCGUGCUGUAUGCCGUGUCGACCGCCCACGACAGCUGCGUCACGACGUUGGCGCUGCACCCGCAAGGCCACUGCGUCCUCUCUGGGUCGGCCACGGGGGACGUCAAGGCAAGCAACUUGCUCGCGAAUCCUUCAUUAUCGUCGUAUCCCAUGGAAAAUGUAUCGUAGAUAUGGUCGUUGCCGCUGUUCCGAGAACUGUGCAGCUGGGGAAACAGUGCUGGCAUGACCACCAAGGCACGCCAUCAGUCGGCGAGCUUCCUCAUGGACGCAUCGUCCACGUUUGCCGCGGCCACGGCCGUGACCGGGAUCACGGAUGCGUUUGCAACAGAAGACUUCUUUUACGCGAGUGGAUCGGAUGGCGUGAUUCAAAGAUACCAAACUCCUAUCGUUACGGCCCUGUAAUAUGUAAUCAAGCGCCGUCGCGUAAACAAGUUCUUCCGCGGCGACGGUAUAGCCGACGCAUGGAAUCGAUUAUUGCGCUCCUUGUACAUAAAAGUCUAACGCCAAGUUCACUAGGUGCUCUGUACGCUUAGAAGUUUAAUGAGACCAUGCUGCACUGACGCCGUGUUACUGUUUUGUAAGGAAUGUGAUGGCGAAAUUGGAAAUAUAAGAUGCCGAUGAGAAAUUUCUCAGUGCCGUGGGUGGUGUUAAAAAACACCAGGUUGUAUACGAGGCGACAGGGAGACGUCACCUCAAUGAAGCGGAACACGUUCCAAUGUCAAGCAAUUUAAGCCGACGACGUGAACUUGGUCACGGCCUUCGUGCCUUCCGACACGGCGUGCUUGGCCAAUUCACCGGGAAGCAUGAGGCGCACGGCGGUUUGGAUUUCGCGGGACGACAAGGUCGACUUCUUGUUGUAGCGGCUCAAUUUGCCGGCUUCCGACGCAAUGCGCUCGAAGAUAUCGUUGAUGAACGAGUUCAUGAUGGACAUGCCGCGCUUGGAGAUACCGGUUUCAGGGUGCACUUGCUUCAACACCUUGUAGAUGUAGGUGGAGUACGACUCAAUGCGCUUGGUCUUGCGGGACUUGCCCUUCUCGCCGGCUUUCUUGGGGGCCUUGGCCGACUUCUUGCUGGGGGUCUUCGCCAUGAUGGAUUGCGCUUUUGAACG